AGAAGUACUUCCGGGAUAGCAGAGGUUGGCCCCGGCAAGAUGGCGGCCCCCUUGGAGCUCAGUUGCUGGGGAGGGGGCUGGGGGCUCCCGUCGGUCCACAGCGAGUCCUUGGUGGUCAUGGCUUACGCCAAAUUUUCUGGCGCACCCUUGAAAGUCAGUGUCAUAGAUAACACCUGGAGAGGUUCAAGAGGAGAUGUACCAAUUUUGACCACUGAAGACAAGAUUGUUUCUCAACCAGCAAAAAUACUGAACUUUUUAAGAAAACAGAAAUAUAAUGCUGAUUAUGAACUCUCUGCAAGACAAGGGGCAGAUACCCUGGCUUACAUUGCUCUCCUUGAAGAGAAGCUUCUUCCUGCAGUGCUUCACACAUUCUGGGUUGAAAGUGACAAUUACUUUACUGUGACAAAGCCAUGGUUUGCUUCACGAAUUCCCUUUCCCUUGAGUUUGAUCCUUCCUGGAAGAAUGUCUAAGGGAGCACUGACUAGGAUUCUCCUGACCAGAGGAGAGCCUCCCCUCUACCACCUCCGAGAAGUGGAAGCACAGAUAUACAGAGAUGCCAAGGAGUGCCUAAAUCUUCUGUCAAACAGAUUGGGAACAUCUCAGUUUUUCUUUGGAGAUACGCCUUCUACCUUGGAUGCCUAUGUGUUUGGUUUUCUCGCACCUCUUUAUAAAGUACGCUUCCCUAAAGUUCAGUUACAAGAACAUUUGAAACAGCUCUCCAACCUGUGUCGCUUUUGUGAUGACAUCCUCAACACUUAUUUUAGGCUUAGUCUUGGAGGCAUCUCUCCUGCUGGACAAGAAAUGGUAGAUGCAAAUCUGCAGAAACUCACACAGCUUGUAAAUAAGGAAUCCAACUUGAUUGAAAAGAUGGAUGACAAUCUUCGCCAAAGCCCUCAACUUCCUCCUCGGAAAUUGCCAACACUUAAAUUGACUCCAGCAGCAGAAGAAAGCGAUUCCUUACAGCGGCUAUCACCCUGACAGACAGCAUGCUUUGUGUCAAAGUCAUAUGAUCAUUGCAGUAAUCUCUUAUACUAAUUGUGUGAAAACAAAAAGAAAAUGCUGCUAAUAGGUAUGAGGAAGACUCUAAAGCAAGAGAAACUUUCUGUGACAUCUAUUUUUUUAAAUUAGGAAGCUUGUCUUUUAGCUGGCAAUGCACUUUAAAUACCACCAAAAUAAAUACUAAAUGAACUUGGGGGGGGGGGGGGAGAAAACAUAAUGUACUGUAUAUAUUUAAAAAACAACAACCAGUCUUAAUCUUGGCAGAUUUUUGCCUUUUGCAAAGAAAAAUUACUUAUAAGAGAAUCUUAUUUUAGUGGCUGAGGUGCUUCUGUUGUGCUAAAACAUGGUUCACAUGUUGCUGACCAAAAGCUACAAUUCUGUUCUGAAUGUGCACUCUUAAUUUAUUCAAGCUAAUUUAUUAAUUUUAGUUUUCUUAAAGCAGUAUAAAUAACUAAUAUGUGGUCCUAUGGCUGAGGCCUUUUACUUCUUUUUAGAAAUUAGAUGCCUAAUUUUAGACAUUAGGAAAAAUAUACUAUCCUAAUAUUCUAUUUACUUCCAUAGAAAAGCCUGUAUUUAAUUGUAAAAAGCAAUGAGGAAUGUGCUUUUUAAUUAUGCUCUCAUAAGACUAAUCAUUUGGGGGGGGUUAGUACCAUAUGUAAAUAUUAAAAGUGGUUAUAUAAAUAUAAAUCUGACCAUAUGCACUUCAGUAUUACUUUAGUAUUUGUUGACAUGUAUAUGCACUUUAGUAUUUGUUGACAUAUUCAAUCUAGGUUAGUAAGGGCUCUUUUAGUUUAUUGGGUGAAUGUGGCAACUUUAGACCUUUGUAUUUCAGUAUAUCUUUAACUCUGGUCAUCUCUUUCUGGAAGCGAUUUCAGGAGAACUGAAUGUGUUGCUCAUCGUUAUUAUGCCAGGCUGUAAAGUUUUAUUGAAACUUGUCCCUUUCUUAGACACUACUGAAAAGGAACCCCACUAGAGUAAUAGAAGUACCUACUGUGUGCCAGUCCAAGUUCAUCAUGCUUGGCUCACACCAGUGCUCUUUCAUAAUAAGCAUAUCAUGUAAUUAAAAGUUUCAUGACAACUAAUUAUUUUUUAUGUAGUUUAACUAUAGUUAAAGCAUCCAGUGGAAUAAUUGGGAAUAGCAGUACAUUUUAAAGCAUAUUUUCUAUUUAUUGGAUGCUGACCUGUUAAAGGAUUUGCUGUGCAAGUAAUUUUACUUAUGAUAGAAUAUUACUUUAGUGGCUAAGGUGCUUCUGUUGUCCUAAAACCACUUCUGGGAUUUUUAAAAUAUAGGACCCUGUGUUUGAUUAGUGUCUUAAAAGAUCACUAUGGUGCUCAGCAAACCUUAUCACGUCCUGCAGAAACCCACAGGCUAAGAAAACAGCUUUGCAGUCAAGACUUGUCUCAUGUGAGCUCAGCUGUGUUUGACCUGCAUCCUCUCUCUCAAUUUGUUCUGUAUUUCAGUAACUAUUUAUGUAGGAGUCUUUAAGUCCUUGUAAAUAUUUCUUUUUAAAAGUGAGAAACAAGGUGGUCUUCAAUAUCUUGUUCAUCUGUUUGGAUGCAUUUAGGGAAAGUAACUAAUGAAUUUCAUGUAAGUUUUGCAACAGGUGGGAGAGAGUGAGUGUGUACACAUUAUGCAUUAAUCUUCUUUAGUUUCCAGCAAUCCGAAAUCCAUAUGAAUAUUUCUACAUUAGAAAUCAUGACCAGAGGGCUUUGUGUUGUCUUCUAGGACUGAUGUAUGUUGGAGGAGGUGGGUUAGCACAUUGACUAGACAUCUGUUUAUGCUUUAGUCAGGGUUCGUCAUUUUCAUUAUGAUUUGUAUUAAAACUUCCAAAACGCAUUUGAAGUGGCUUACAAUUGUCAAACACAUGUAAAACAGGCAAUAAAAAUAAAAAUUUUAAAAAAUAAAAAAUUUGUGGGAGAAAGAGCUAUCCCAACACUAACAGAUUAUAAAAUUGAAUGAUAAAUUUAAUUCCAAAUUUCUCUAUAGGCAAAGUAAAGAGAUAAUACUGGGCUAUGUAAGUUUUUAUGUCAGUAAAACCACUAAUGGCCAUGAAUAACAAAAAUGUAUUUAAGUUUUUAUAAGAAUGUGGGAGCUCAUGUUCUUACAACAUAGACUUCAGCCAAUAAGCAUACUGUAAGAUUUCAUGUGUUGAAAGUUUAAUCAAAAGACAUCAUCUAUAUAUAUAAAUGCCUAAGCGACCGUUAACAACUGGUCGACUGAUCGCUAUGACGCGCGCUCCCUCAGCCAACCUCCCGCGGGCCCUUCCCUGGCCAGCUGGCCGGCCAGCCCUGAUCAGCCCCGAUUGCCAGCCAGUGCCGAGGGACCCCACCCGUGCACGAAUUCGUGCACUGGGCCUCUAGUUUUAGAAUAACAAGUAUUUGUCCUUUAUUAGUAAAGAUGACUAAAUAUGAUUUAUUUCCUUUUGGUCAUUCCUGCUCUGAACUGCCUUUAGCCUUACACUACAUAGGCCAUGAUGCUUCCAGACUACUUCUAAGAUGCAAAAUGUAGUUUAGAUAGGUGAAAAUUUAUAUGUUGGUUUACUUAGUUAAGCUCUUUUGGUAUAAAUCACUGAGAUACUAGGAAGCUAUCAGUGAGCACAAACCACCGCAGAGAUGCUGCAUACCUAGAAACAGCUUUCCAGACUGGACAGAGAGCUUGUGAUCAGCCUGUCAGGAUAUGCUUUGUAUAAAGUUCGAGUUUAUUGAGCUAAAUGGUCCACAGUCUUAAACAAAUUGCUGUGACUUACUUUCUUUUGGAGGUGAUGGUGGAGGAGAAUAUAAAAGAGACUAUUUUCGUGUUUAUAUUUGUGGUAUAGUAUUAGAAAAUUGUCAGGCAAUUCCCACCUGAGAAAGAUCCCACAUCAACUGUCAUUUAUGAUUUGUAUUAAAAAGGCAUAAAAAAGACAAAUGUUUUUAUCUUUUUCUUCCUUUGGUACCUAGGUUUACUCUUGAGGAUAAAAUAUUUUGAAAAUAGUUCUGUGUCUCCAGGUGGUAGUCCUUCGCUUUGCAUGUGUUACCUCUCUAACCGCCCAGAGUUAGGAGAUGAACGGGGGGUUCACACUCUAAUGAAGAAGGUGCAGCAUGCCUCUGUGCUUUUUGUUUAGGCCAGUUGUCGGCAAACUGAAGUUCACGAGCCACAUGAGGCUCUUUGGCCCCUUGAGUGUGGCUCUUCCACAAAAUACCGACUUCUGCGCAUGGGCCAUGAAGUUUCAAUCGCAUUGUACGUGUGCGCCCGCACGUGGUAUUUUGUGGAAGAGCCACACUCAAGGGGCCAAAGAGCCGCAUGUGGCUCGUGAGCCGCAGUUUACCGACCACUGGCUUAGGCUCACAGGGAUUUAGUAAUUGACUUUGUCUUGGUUUUCUUAUUUAUUAAUUGAAAUCCUGAGCACAGCCACAGAGUAUAAUUUGGGUUGUGAGGAUGGACUUUUUGUAUAUGUUGUUGGUGUUAGGAAUUAUAUCUUUUGCCUUUGUUUUUGUUCAGUUCUGUGGAAUUUACAUUUCAAUGUUUUCAUAUUUUUAUAAGGGUUUGCAAAAUAAUUUAGCCCAAACUCUUGUUGGGAUGUAGUUGGGAUGCAGAUUACCUGCCCUAGACUUAAAACUAUUGUGACUGAGGUGGAGAGGUAAUCUCAGAAUCAAAAAUAGACAGCAGCUAUUUGUUCCAGAUGAAGGGGCCAAUGAUGAGAAUUAACAUUCUUGAACAAUGAUAUAAGAAAGGGUAACUUUGACGUGGACAUUUUUAAAUAGAGAGGGGAAAGGGUUUUUUGUUUUGAUAGAAAAGUAUUCAGAGCAAAACAAAGUAGUUUCUUUAUACAGAAAAAUAAGUCGUUUUGUAUCUUCAUUAUUGAUUGGAAAUUAUACUGUAAGUUUUUUAAAGACAUGUUUUAGUUUCUUGGAGAAGUAGUUCCUAAAGGUGUAUUUUGGCAGCAUAUAUCGUUAUUAUAUGAAUAAAGUCAAAUAAAUUUGGGAAGUGUCGGGUUAGACCAGCCGUGGGCAAACUACAGCCCGUGGGCCGGAUCCGGCCCGUUUGAAAUGAAUAAAACUAUUGAAAAAAAAAGAUCGUACCCUUUUAUGUAAUGAUGUUUACUUUGAAUUUAUAUUAGUUCACACAAACACUCCAUCCAUGCUUUUGUUCCGGCCCUCCGGUCCAGUUUAAGAACCCAUUGUGGCCCUCGAGUUAAAAAGUUUGCCCACCCCUGGGUUAGACAAAGUUAAGUUACUGCAGGCCUUUCAGAACCUUUGGUAGGCUAUUGUGUGGUUUCAAUCUCCAAGAAGUACCUGUAUCUUAUUUUUGUGUGGAUUUCCUUAAAUAGGUAUUUUGUGAGAUUUGUGUUCUGAGAAAUACACUUAGGGAAAUGCUGCCCUAGAGUGUUUUGGGUGUUUGUAUUCACUGCGAAGGUUUCCCAUUGGUGUCCCUCUGGUGAAUGGUGGUACAUGGGAAGAGACAGGUCAAGACCCCCUUGGACCGUAAAUUGAGAGAUGGGUGGCUGCAGGUGUGCUGGUUGGUUAGGUAGGCACAUGGUAGACCCAUGGCCAGUCGAGCGCCACCUUCCCUAGAAUCCCAGUCGGCUUGUGAACUGGUGGUUUCAGAAAACUAACCAGUUCAUAGGCAUCUAGGAGACAGAGGGAAUCAACUUGGAAUUCCAGAACAAUCGUCCAAACCGUUUUUAUAGCACUGAAGUCACAUACAAGCUGGUUAUUUUAUAUAUAUAUAAUACGUAUAUUUAUAUACGUAUAUAUAUAUAUAUAAAUAUGUACACACAUAAGUAUGUAUACACAUGCACAUACUAGUAUAUAAGUAUGUGUAUACACACAUGCACGCGGGCACGCGCGCGUACACACACACACACACACACACACACACACACACACACAGUGUCCUAGAAAGUUUAGUUGCUUUAAGAACAAAGCAAAGGAAGGUUAAUGUUUUCAAGUUCUGAUAGACAUUCCUGAAGACAGUCUAAACAUGAAUUGUAUAUUUUUUGGCAUGAGGGUUUAUAGUUCUUAUUAAAUUCUCAGCAGUUUCUAUAUCCCCCAAAUUUUAAACCUCACUAGCCUCCACAUUGCAGAGGACUAAGUAUGUUUAAUUUCAUUUCCAGUAUAAAACCAGGUUACUCAUCAGGUACAAGGAUGCUUUUGUCUGUCUUCUGUAGUGUGUACAGUUGCAGAUUCGGAACACCUGCAAUGCUUUGGAGUGCAUUUGAUGGAAAGCUUGCCUUUGGGUUUUGAGUUGUGUAAUGGGGAACAUCUAGCCAUGUGAAAAGCAGUUGAACCUUUGUUCUGAUUCUUCAGUUUUCCUCAUGCAAAGUCAGAGAAAUGCCUUUUAAUCAUUGAGUUUAUAUAUCCCAGAUCCUUGGAGAUCAAGGAAAAUGACGUGCCAGAAUUUGCAUCAGUGCUUAGCGAGUCCUGAACUACAGAGAAGGUAGUGCUGGCCUUUCAUUCUUUGCACUGUUGGCUCCUUUUGCAUUGCUGGCGUCUUUAUUUCUUGGCAAAGGAAAGGUGUACUCAAGCUUUUAUGUUAAUUACAUAAAGAUGAGUUUUAUUUCUCUUUUGAUUUUAUAUCUUAUUUUGUAAAAUAGGAAAUAAUGUCUUUCCAUUUUUCUGUUUGUCUUGAAGUGGAAAUUUGAGGUGUUUGGAUGUAACUUUAGCUUUCUGGAAGAAGGACAGCAGAGAAGAUGAGUAAGAAAUAUAUGUGUGUACAUAAUUAUUGGCUUUGAUCCACCAAGCUUAUCUUUGAAUGGUAAACAUUUUAAAUAUCAGUUCCAGUAAAAAUACUAUGGUUUUGUUACAAACAAUCUUAAAAUAAGCAAUUUUGGUCAUAAUUUCAAUAUUCUAGCUUUGUCUAGUGUGAGUAUGUUUUACUCAGAGACAAUAUAUAAAUGCCCAGAAUUGGUGAUGAAGAUAAUGUUGUAAAGAAUUUAUUCUGAUAAAUGAGAAACUGGAUAUAAUGUCAAAAUAGCUGUUUUCACAAUAAAAUCUCAAAUUGCCUGGAUGUUUAUUAAAUCCUGA